AUGAUCGGUAAACUUGAUGGCUGUAAUUUUGUCGAGCUCUCGAUUCGGCUGAAUUUUCGAUACUACCACGAUUCCGCCGCGGUUGCAUUUGAUGAUGGAGCUAUAGCUCUGAUUUGUUUUCCGGGUUACAGUCCGAUCGAGAGUUGUGAGAUAUUUGACUUGACAAGCGCGACUCCGACCCACUCAACUCAGUAUACACAUACUUAUGGAAAACUCGGAAUUUAUCAAGGAAAUCCAAUCACUGUAGGCAGUUACUAUUCUUCUGGAACGAAAAAGGUUGAAGUUUACAAUCCAACAGGCUGGUUUUCGAUGCCAGAUCAUACUAGAAAUAUCUAUGCCCAUACAUUGACAGGUUUGGACGAUGGUUCUUUGAUUCUUGCUGGAGGAUAUGAUAUGACUCAGGACUCAUUUUCUAAGAAUAUUUGGAUGCUCAAAAAUGGCUCGUGGGAUAUUAUCGGGCUAAUGAAAAUGAACUAUUAUCUUGCUUCUGCGAUUCGAAUUGAGUCUGAAAUUUUUAUUGCGUCUGGAAGACCUGCUGAAAAUGUCGGCAAUUAUCCAGUGGAAAGAAUUAUUUUUGAAGAUAAUCAAUUUAUUGAGACGAAUAUCAUUGCUUCUCAUGAUUCCUCGAACUAUAUCCCUGUUCUUUUUGCUGUUGAAAUUGACUUUUGCAUCGAUGAGAGUUCAUGA